CUGACUUCCUCACAGAGCACUAGGCUGUGCUCACUUCCUCCUACAGUCCCCAGUGCAACUGUACUUAGGAAGAGUUUAAUUCAGACUACUAAGAAUUAAGAAUUGCCUGGACUCUCUUUUGGAUUAUGCACGAUAUUUAAGGCUGAAGAAAGGAUGACUAUGCGAAACAUUAAGUGUGUUGUGGUCGGAGAUGGUGCAGUGGGGAAGACCUGCCUCCUGAUUUCCUUCACCACCAAUGCCUUUCCUAAAGAAUACGUUCCCACUGUUUUUGACAACUACAGCGCACAGUUGACUGUAGACUCUAAACUCAUCAGCUUGAACUUGUGGGACACAGCAGGACAGGAGGAGUACGACCGUCUGCGGACCCUUUCCUACCCGCAGACCAACGUCUUUGUCAUCUGCUUCUGUGUGACAAGCCCCACCUCCUACGAGAAUGUCAAGCUAAAGUGGCACCCUGAGGUGACAGAACAUUGCCCUAAAGUACCCAUCCUGCUGGUGGGGACUAAAAAGGAUCUGAGAGAUGAUCCGGAGGUUCUGAAGAAGCUAAAGGAGAAGAGCCUCUCUCCUCUCACCCAGCAACAAGGUGUGGCGUUGGCACGACAGAUUCAGGCCACUAAAUACCUGGAGUGCUCAGCUCUCAGUCAGGACGGGGUGAAGGAAGUGUUUACAGAAGCAGUUCGUGCUUUUAUCAACCCCGCUCCACCAGCAUCCAAGAAAACAUGUGUGCUACUUUAAAUGUACUGAAACCUGCAAAUGUUGUAGGCCUAUAUUUUUUUUAAUCAAGUUUAUUGUAGGUUAUGUUGUCCAUUGUAAUAAAAGAAAACAAACUUUUACUUUACUUUGUUGGAUUUUGUUCUUGGGGAAGGAAAGGAAGAGUUUGCCCAAAAAUGAAAAUUCUGUCAAUAUUUAUUCAACACAAAAGGAGAUAUAUUGAAGAAUCCUUAAGCAACUUUUUCUAUAUAAUCACUGUCAAGCUAUUUAUUAUUUGUGGUUAUCUAUCUGUCUGUCUAUUUGUACAUCCAUCACUCAGGGGCGGAGCCAGGAGUUUUUCAAAGGGGUAGCCAGGCAGGGGCAAGCGAUCAG